CUCAACUCCUUUACUCUUUCUUUCCAUCCUCUCUCUCUCUCUCUCUCAUCCCCAAAAACACACAUUUAUUGAAGCUCCAUACUACUCUUGUGAACUUGAUCAAUCAUACAUUCAUUAAUGGCUUUCUUUUGGUCAUCAUUCUUGGCACUCUUCAUACUUUUCAUGGCUUCUCACUCCUCACUAGCCUUACAAUCCCAACCAGAAACACAGUUUUCAAGCAUAUCAGCCGCACCUGCAUUUCUCCCAGGUGCUCCUCUCUCUUCCUCUCCAACCCCAUCUCCUGAUAUUUCUCCAUUGUUUCCAUCUCCUGGUGGUGUGCCUCUCUCUCCCUCUGAGUCUUCUCUCCCCACUAUCCCAUCGAGCCAGAGUCCGCCGGACCCGGACGUCGAUGUUGCUCCUGAUCAACCAGACCUGGCUCUUGCUCCAUCAGGCUCUCUCCCAGUUUCCCAUGCAGUUUCUGUCACUUCAUCUCUGCCUAUAAAUGUAAUGUUUUUUCUUGGCUUGCUGGUUUGGUCUGGUGUGUAAGUGUAAUGCAGAUUCUUGUGAUGAUUGCGGAGGAAAACAAAAAAAAGGAGAAAUGGUGGUGGGGAAAUUCAAUUAUUGUAACUAGUGGUUUACACUUUAUGUUUGUAAACUAUAUUUUUUUUCUUUCAGUUUAAUAGUUAUUUAGUGUGAUGUUUGGUAAAUGCAGGUUGGUGGAAUUGUUAAUUUCAUAUGGAUUGUGAUUAGGAUAGUAUUGUAUCCAAAAGAGUGUUUGAAAAAUAAAAGUUGUAAUUUUGGUCAUGUA